GGAACCGGGCUUCCCCUUGAGAACCAGAGCAGCAUUCCCCUGCCCGGGGCACCCCUGCCCCCCCGGUCCCAAACUCCUGGGCUACCUCCACCUAGUCGGCUCCCACUGUGACCCCGCAGUGGGGAGGCACGGUGGCCCCACGGCUUUGUGCUGAGUAAGAGGAAAGGGGGUGUGUGAGGAAAACCUUAUUCUCGCAAAAAUGCGGUUUGCUCUUUUCUUGUCCUGGUGCUGCUGCCUGCAUGGAUGUGUGCUAGGGACCGGCUUCCUCUAUCAAUUCCCAGCAUCAACCCUGCAGCACAACUACCCAGAGCAGAACUCGGGCUCCCCGGGCAGUGGCUUCGCCAGUCGCCGGCAUUGGUGUCACUAUACGGUUACUCGGAGAGUUUCCUGUCAAGUGCAGAAUGGGUCAGAAACGGUGAUCCAGAGAGUUUAUCAGAGCUGCCGGUGGCCAGGACCUUGUGCCAAUUUAGUGAGUUACAGGACUCUUAUCAGGCCCACGUACAAAAUGUCCUACCGAACAGUGACCACGCUGGAGUGGAGGUGCUGUCCUGGCUUCACAGGGAGCAACUGCGAAGAGGGUUCAUCUGGCCGGCAGCACCGUUACUUUUCCAACCUGGACCAAUGCAUGAACUGCACAAGACUAGCGGAUAUGACUGAGAGGCUAAACACGCUCGAGGCCAAGAUUCUUCUGCUCGAAGCUGCGGAGCGAAGCCCGCCUUUAGAGAACAACCUGCCAAUCGCUGGGACCACGGCCACGUGGUAUGACGAUUUGCUGCCAGAUGCCUUUCCUCUGCUAAACCCUGGGACGGUUUUGAGGAAAACAGUGGGAUCUGUUGAGCCUAAAGGACACAGAGGUGCAGAGGAACAGCUAAUACCACAGGGCCUGCCAGGACAGGUGGGGCCUCCAGGCCCAGUUGGACCAACUGGUCUCCCAGGACCGCCAGGGCCAAAAGGCGAGAAAGGUCAACCUGGUGAGAGGGGCCCAGCAGGGCCACCAGGGCUGCUGGGACCUCAAGGACCAAGAGGACUUCCAGGAGAAACCGGGAUCCCGGGUCCCCCAGGUCCUCCUGGGCCACCGGCCACCCCAAGCCUCCCUCUUACCUUCCAACAAGGGGUUCUCUACUCGCUCCAGCCUACAGCUGAAAAAGAAAAUGGAGAACCUCAGCUGGCUUCCACCGUUAUAGACACCAUCAUGGCUGGCUUGCCAGGACCACGAGGAGCCCCUGGCCCGGUUGGACCACCAGGGCCACCAGGUGCAUCAGGACCCAAAGGGCCACCAGGACCUAUCGGAGCCCCUGGAUUGCAAGGUUUACCAGGCUCUCCAGGACAACCUGGGCUAAAAGGUUCCAAAGGAGACCGAGGAGAGAGGGGGCAAGCAGGUCUGACUGGAGAGAGGGGCAUUAAGGGAUUUCCUGGUGAACCAGGCAAGAAGGGUGAGGAAGGUGAUAAAGGUGCUGAUGGAGAAGGUGUUCAACAACUUCGAGAAGCUCUGAAGAUUUUAGCCGAGAGGGUAUUAAUUCUUGAGCACAUGAUAGGAAUUCAUGACUCUUUAUCUUCCAUUGAGCCAGGCUCCGGACAAGAUGUGAUCCCAGGCUCCCCGCUGCGAACCAGCAUCAAGAUCAAACGUGGAGGACCCCAGCAGCCACAGCCCUACCAGAUCCUCUCUUCACUGCUGGAUGACAGUGAGGCCAAAAGGAAAAGCAGUCGAAUGAAGUAGAAGCGUCUACAUGUUCCCAAGCCCGUUCACCAGUUAAAGAUACAGUAACCUAGUGCUUAAUUGCAGAGUGCAAAUGAAGUGGGUAGGAGGCUGCAGCGAUGGCAAUUGGGUUUCCUUACCUGACCAAUACUAAGCCCUUAGUGGAGGGAAUGUCUUAUCCAUAGCUCAGAGAGGGUCUUACAAACAUUUUUCUUGAUUUUGUUAUUUUUUUUGCCUUUGGAAUACCACGUGGCAGGUAUCCUCAGAAGCUGUCUACAGAAGUGACACCUCCUGAAUGUGUCUGAGUUUAAUCCUCCCCUUGUUUCCUCACUGCCCUUGCAAGUUACUCAGUUAAAGCGCUGCUUAACUGACUGAGACAAUCAAGCCCAUCAAGACUCAAAGCUGAGCCUUAGCCUUUUCCAUUGCUAUAGUUGGUUGGCAUCUGCUUUUACUUCAUGUGGUGUCAUGCUGACUUCCAGUUGAAGGUACCACUUUCAUAGGCCACUAAAGCAUUCUCACCUGCAAGGAUUUCUCUUAAGCAAAGAAUAGAUUGGGAAAUUCAAAGAACAUUUCAAAUAGUUACUCUAAAAAUUCAGUUUACUCUUGGGACUUGAACAUCAAAAUCUAGGCUUUGCCUAUUGUUGACUGCAUGUGAAUAGCAUUAUGUCUAUCCAUAGUUAGCUGAGCAAGGACCUCUGAUGCAAAUUGUGGCAUACAUUGACUUUCUAUCUAUAUUCAGAUGAUAUUAGAAUCAUUUCUAUGAAAAUUUAUAGCAGUAUGCAUCAGGUAUGAUGGAAUUGCUCAAGAAUUUUCCCAUCUUGCGUUCAGUCUGUGCAUAUACCCAGAGAAAAUUCGUUUAAGUACUGGCAAUAAAUAUUCACAGAAAAGGAUGUUUUGCGAUAGUUUCUUAAUUGUAGAUCAAUAAGGAAAAGUAUUUUGACACUCUUAUCUUGUGGGUAAACCGUAGGCAUUUGAAUCUUGAGACAGUUUUUAGUGGCAAGCCACAGUCUAAGGGAUUAGAGUCUUGUCAGUAGCUUAUCUUGCACUAGGGAGCUAAAUACAAAGUCAUUUUACUUUUUGCAGUUAACUGUUAUUUUGGGGAAAGUCCCAGCUUCCAAGUUUAAGAGAGUGACCCUGCCCUUCAGUGACAAAUGAAUCAUUAUACCCGCUGCGCAAACUAAAUUAGACAAGUUGAUGUAAUUCAUGUAGACAAUGAAUUUUGUUAGAAAGGGUGAGAAUAAUGAACUGAUAGUACUAUUUUUAUUUGAAAAUAUAUAUAAAUAUUUUUUUAACUGUUCUGUCAGAUUUUCAAAUCCAGCCCAGGAGAAAAGCGAGCAAAUUGUCUUUGUCAUUUUUAUGGCAUAAGUAAGGUAAAUAAUUGGUCACGUCCUACCUGGUUCCUAGUGCAAGAUACAGCUAUCUGCAAAAGACAAUGAUGUGUACUGCUGUCAAAAGCUGUUGCAAAGACCAACAACUGUAUGGGCCCUGUAUUCAGGGACCCUUACCAACCAAUGUGAUAUUCCAGAGGGAAAGGGAAGCACGUGGGACGCUGCUGGAAAUGUGGUUUUGCCUGCAGGAGCGCUGCCCACCCAACAUUAGCCACACGUCACAUUAACUUUCUGUAUACGGCAUAAACAUAGUAGAGCUACAGAGACAUCAGAACAUACAAAUCUUUCCUCAUAUGCACUCAUUUGGCCCUGUUCUUUAGACGUCUAUCCCAAAACAGGUGAAAUAAUAAAGUAAGUUGACAGCAAGUAAGCAGCAGCGAAAGCUGUCCUCACAGAGCAGCUUUUUACUGCCGAGCAGCUAAAGAAGAACCAGCCUUGGUUUAAACUGGCUUGAAGGCUUUGAGGUUAAACACAGUCACUUACCUCCUUU